AAAUGAAGAGAAUGAGCCAGCUUCCUGCCAAUAGCACAUAUGUCACCCAUCGGUUGCGAGUUCUCAACAAAAUUCUUCAACUCUUGUCCAUACAGAGAACCGCUUCACAAGAGGACGAAUUGGAACUGCUUUUUGCUGGGUUGUCUCUGUGAACUGGACUGGUUUGGCUGCAGCCUGCAGAUGGUAACCUGAUGUUCUAUUUAGGACAAUAUUAGUUUUGUAAUUUAUAUCUGGAGAUGGCUCAAAAUGUUCUGAUUAAAACAUCUUUGUAAUUGCGCAUAAUUUAUUUGUGGAGAACUUGAUAGUGUAUAUGAUUGUUUUAUUUAUUUCCAAGCAAUGGUUCAAAUGAUAAAUCCUAAUACAAAAGUUUCUGUUGAAUUUUUAACUUUCUUAAUAAAGGGUAGCUACAGGACGUUUCCUUCCAGUUUGGCAAUUUCUACGUUUGGCAAUUUCUACCUUGAUGGAGAGACAAGCAGAUGCAGUAAAAUUUCUUGAGGGCUUUAGUGCAAUCAGAAGACUCAAGUAUGAUAAGAAGUAAAUCAUAUACCUUUCUGCUCUUCUGUUUCCCUUGUCCUUGCUUCUCACUGUGGUCAAUGGCGUCGGUAAAGAGUUGAUAAUGAAAUUUCUCCCUCUCCAAGCCAUAGGCAACUAAACUUCUCAUUAGGUUGAUUAACAUAAUCAGGAUACCACCUGCCUGCAACACCAAGAAAAACAUAAUCAGAGACUGUCAACCUGGGCCUCUAUAUUUCCCAGCAUAUAUGGGUCGGAGAAACAGUACACUGUUAGAAUGCAUUUUGGUAGUCUGACUUUUCUUUAUUUUAUGUAAUUAUCUCUUUUAGUUGUUCAGAUACAUGCUUUUUCUUGGAGUCUUUGAAUCAGUGAGGGGCAUGCCCUCUUGUCCAUUUUUUGUCGCACAGCUAUCCCGACCGUGAACCUGAUUC